UUCCAGGGAACCGGCGAGGACACCCUACUCACGUGAUGAAGAGCCCACGUAUUUCAAUGUAAUUGUAAAUUGAACCUGCUGUAGUUCUUGCGAAGGAAGACGAGCCAACCAAUGAGAACAAAGCAAAAUCACAACAGAAGAGAUAAAAGUGCGUUCGCAAUUAAAAUGACCAGAGCACAGCCCGCCCUGUGUUUCAACUGCAACAAGUAAGGACAAGUACUUAGACCACUCGACAUGAUUCUGACGUUUCUUCAAAAGGUUUAGUCUUUGUCUUUGUUCGUAGCAGACUCAAGAGCCGAACGUGAGAAAAACAGUAGCACACCGGAUUGUGAGUAGUGAUUGUAGAAGAGCAGACAUUGAAUUUGAAACAAGCAGAAAGUACUACAGCUUCAGCUUCUUAUAAUUAUGAAUUAUUGUGUCAGUCGUGUCUGGUGAUGUUCCACAUCCACGACCUUUGGCAGCCCCCCGCUUUUUCCCUGAAAAAAGCCCCUUUGUACCCCUUGCUUUCAUGCUGCCAAUAUCAGCACGACAAAGACAUUCGAGUCCGACCAUCGUCUUUUAUAGUGCCUCCGUGCCUCCAGCACGUCGUGCUGCGAAACAUGAGUGACUGUACAACAACCAGGAAGACGAAGAGGACUGGACGACGCUGCUACAAUAUCAGCAUUUGCUUUAUUGAUUAAUACCCUUGAUUGAACUGUCUAACCACCGCAGGUUCGUCUUUCUACGUAGGACAUCAAAGAGAGAGGAUGGGCGGACCACAACAGUCGCGGAAGAUGUGUGCCGGAUCACCCCGUCGUGGUGGCAGCUUCGCAUACACGACUUCAUCUUUGCCGGGGCUCUUGCUGGUAAGAACCCUUCACCUGCUUUAUUGGCUGGCUCAUUUUCAGUCGACGACGACGGUCCUCGCAGCCAGUUCGGGUUCAUCACAAGAAUCCACCUUGUCUGCUUCUGCGGCAUCGUCCCCGCCGACCCCAUCCUCUUCAGCAAGCGAAGACUGGCAGUAUAACUUUGCCGAGAUCCGGGCAGUUUGCAAGGAGACCGCGGAAUGCCCGGCCGACGAGAUGCGGCGGCUGUUCGAGGCCGAACGAACGACGAAGUCCUCCGCUGAGAUCUACUACGACGAUGACCACGGUGACGCGCGAAUCGCGGUGGAGGCGAUGGGCCGAGAGCUGUUGGAAAUCUUCUCGACUCGUCCUCGUCCCAGAACUACUUCAAGUACAACAAAUAGCACUGAGCAGGACAAGAAGCCCGAAAAUGAUGAAGAUAAUUCCCCGGCGAGCCACUCCCUUCUGCGGAAGCUUUUCAUUCCCCGGUCCUACGAGCUGGUUCGGUACCGAGCGGUCAGCAUGAACGGCAACCCGGCCAUGAUCGACGUGACGGAAUCCGGGACGCCACAAACCGGACCGUGGGCGAUCCGGUUCUCGUUACAGAUCCCCGAGCCGGGGUACACGAACCGGAACACGAACGAGUUUCUCACGGUCGUGGAGCGGAAUCGGAAAAACGGAAACCCGAGCACGACCACGAUAUGAAUUGCAGAAGUACCGACGUGCUACUAGAAAUAGUAAUUCCGCAAUACAAAAUUAGCUCAGCAUGACAAAUAGAGCUUGAUGUCAUGUGCCGGAUUCAGCUUCACAAGGAGACUCACUUGUGAUGCGUGAUUGCGAUUAGUUUUAGUACGAGUAGGAGUACGAUACUUUUGCACAGGAUACACGAGGAUUGCGGGCAAGAACCGGCCGAUCAUCACAGAGUGGUGGCGGGAGAAGAUGUAUCAGAGUCCACAGCUACCCACACCGCUCAUUGUCAUUUGUAAGGCACGAACAGCAAUACAAACGCCAACACAUGAUGUGGACGCUGUGCAUGACAAGUUUAUUGCGCUGAGAAGUGUAGUCCUACUGUUUGGCUUUGGGCUUCCAGAGUUUGCAACGCAAACAGGUGCGCCACAAGGUAGCAAUUGGAGUUGGGACUUUGUAUGACAAAUGAAUGGACGGCUUCGCAGCUACGUUGUGAUCGACAAACUGAGAUCGACGAUAAUAGUUGUGUUGCUGGUCCUGUGCCAGUCGCGGGGCAUGUUCGGGUGUUCCGGGCAGUGCUCAGUGCACCCCUCGGACCCCGCACCCCCCAGGGCUUUAGUCGCGCAGUCUGCUAAGCAUGACAAAUGAGGUGGAAGAGGGGGAGUUUAUUCGCACUUUCAUAAGAUGAUGCACUACUAUGCCGGUUUGACUUUUAACGUGGAAGUCCGGUUCAACCGCAACUACCCGUUUUCCGCCCCGCGGGUCAGUAUCCACAACAACGUUGAGCACGCCUUCCUGGGCGGCCAGCAGCGGGACGACCGCCACGCGCACGUGAUUCCGCAGGUAUUUUUCACCCGGAGUGCAGGGAAGGUGCUGAAGACGAUAACGACCAAGAUCGUCUCGGAGAAGAGAGUCAAGGUUGAUGUUGAACGACAAGAAGAAGCUCCUGCUGCAAGUACUUCCAAGAAAGGCAAUAUCGAAAAGGUAAACGCAUCAACAACAUCGCAACACUCGGUGAAAAGACAGAAAAAGAGUUCGUCGAAAAAGAAGAAAAAGUCAAAGACAGUCCGGAUUCUCGCUUUCGAGCACCACGAGCGUGAAGAUUCAAUUGCCGGACGAAGCAGGACAUCAGCUGCAGCAGUGGCGUCAACCUCAAGUGAGCCACCACGAGCAGUAGACCACCGACACGACCAAGAAGAAAUAGAAAAUUAUUUCCUAGCGGUCCCUUACCGGUUUACCCUGGCCGAUGCUUUGGAAAAGACGCUCUGCUUUCUCACCUACAUCGACGCCGCACUUCUGUCCCUGCCCUUUUUGACCGAGCAGCGGGCGGACGCGCUGCGGUCAACGGUGAAGCAGCACGCCGCGCAGGCCUGGUUUGACAAGAGACAGAACUUGUUUGUCUACCCGGCCUUGUAUGCGAGAAACCAGGAUUUCUUCAAUGUACAGAUUCCGGACGACACGGAGUAUGUUUUGGCGAAGGCGAAGGAACACUUUCUGGCUGCUGCAAGAGCCUCUUCAAGAUCCGGGCAAAACAUAAACAAGAUUGCGGCGUGGUCUGCUUCAUCAGGUGUACUAGAUGAAAGUAAAACCCAUGAUGCGUCGGUCGUUGUUCCCCAGUCCAAUUUUCCGGAGAAAUAUUUGCACCCGGAGUUCCGCAAGUUUCAGAAAGAAUACGAACAGAUUCUGAGGAGAGCGGCGUCUACUUCUGCACCAGGUCAACAUACUAUGACUUCCGCAACUGAAAUCACGAGCAGCGGUUUGGCUGCUGCUGCCACUACGGACCACGAGGAGGCCGCCCGCCUCUCAACAAGAACAUCAACAUCAGCUUCGCUUUCUCGUCCCUCCCUUCCUCUCUCUGCCGAACGAGAGGUCAAAGCGCUGAUCAACGAGCGGUUUCUGCAGAACGCCACGGAUGGUUUAUCGCAAGAAAAAACUGUUUCACUGUGAACCUGUGAUGCAGAGAACGAAACACCAAAGUGUUCGUCUUGCUACACCUGCAACGCAAUGGCUUUUUAAGCGUGUUUUCCCUUGGAAAACGCGCAUGGCAAAUUUUCUGUGUCAUGUGUAACAAACUUGUGAUGCAGAUCUUGCAAAACCAUCACAGUGAAACAGUUUUUUCGUGGGAUAUGGUUGUCCGAACGUGUAUUCGUUCCCGCUCUUCACGGACGAGUUCUGCUAUCUUCUGUAAAAACGUUUCCACCGCGGCAAAGUUCUCACGCAAGUCUGCAUGCCAAAAAAGUUUGUCAUGCGGAGCUCCGUGAGAACGAAGCAUUUUCUAGUCAUGUUGCGGAGCUUGUGAUGCUCGAAUCAGCAUGGUGUGCUAAAUCUGUGACGAGCAGCAACCAAAGCUGGUUGAUUUGUCUAGCAGAUUUCCCAUUUUGACUUGUGAGGUGGGGACGUUUGUGCAUAGGAUAUCUGCGACCUGUUGGUCAGCGAGAUCCGCGGCGUCCACGACAGCCAGCUGAAGGUGCAGCGGCCCAUAUGCAGUGCAAAUAUGUCUGGGUCUGGAAGCUUGUAUUGCAGAAUUGGCACGGCCCAGAAGGUGAAGGUCUCGCGUGCAUGGACUAGCAUCACAGGUUUUGCAAACGCUUUACGACGCCUACUCUGCAUGAGAAACCCGCUUUCAGUGUGGCGAAAAAAUGUCAGCUGUUGCUACCCAUGCAUGACAGAUUUUUGUGUGACUGGCAGUGAGCAUCACAAGUUCCAACUUUCCAGACCCAGACAUAUUUGCACUGCAUAACCCAACAGCAUGAACAACUACGGGGUAAUACUCAACGACGUCGGGCUGGAACCGUUGAUGGACGCCAUCCAAAACCUGCUCCGCCCCCUCGGCCAAGCGCGGUUCGGCGCGGUGGGGUCGAAUUGGGACGGCCAUCACUCUUUCAUCGUGCAGUACAGCCCACGGAAGGACACGCAUCUGGACAUAUCAAAUGUAAAAGUGUCUGGGUCUGGAAGAAUGCAAGAUUUGUCAUGCAUAUUUCUCAUGACCCAUGAUGCCUGCAAUGCUUGACCUAGCAUCGCAGACCUUUCGAGGGCUUCCUAAUGUACCUUCCGCAUGAGAAAUGCCCUGUCCGUGUAGCAAAAACUGCAUCCCUCUUGCUGGUCAUGCAAUGCAAAUUUUUUCAGAGUCCAAAAACAGCAUGACAUUCCAGACCCAGACACUUUUGCAUUUCAUAGGACAUGCACACCGACGAUUCCGACGUGACGAUCAACAUUGCGCUGGGAAUCGGGCAGUUCUCCGGUUCGGAGGUGCGGUUCUGCGGGAAGAUGGGAAAAAAGGACCACCGGAAAAACCAGUGCGUCUACACGAACAAAAAGGGGACCGCGAUCAUGCAUCUCGGGCGGCACUAUGAACUGCAAAAAUAUCGUACUCGUAUAAAUGCAUUACAAAUAAUUUUCUCAGCGUGAGAAAUAUCGUUUGUCAUGCUGAUUUACCCUGAGAAAAAUAUUUGUAAUGCAGGACUUGCAUUAGCAUUUAUACGAAUGCGAUACUUUUGCACAGGAUAGGCACCGACACGGUGCGAUGGAAAUCACGGAGGGGGAGCGGAUAUCCUAUUUAAAAACGUCCCCACCCCAUAGUUGUAAUGCAAAUCUGCAUGCUGAAAAUCAAAUGUUUCUCAUGCGGAGCCCCAUGAGAAGCAGUUUCUAUUCGUGAUUUGCAAUUUGUCAUGCUCCAAUCAACACGGUGUGCUAGAUCUGUGAUGCUGCUGAGCUAGCUCAAACAGCACUACACUACGAAUCCAAACUUGUCAUGCAAAACAGCCAAAACUUGUGGAUUUGUCUAGCCGAUCCCCAUCUUGACUAUGGUGUGGGGACAUUUUUACUCAGGAUAGCGGAUGAACCUGAUUUUGUGGAACCGGGGCACGAGCUACCGCGAAACCUACGAAUACGACUUCAACGUGCACGAACGGGAAAGCGGGCCGCCCGACAAGGUGUAUGCAAGAAAAAAACUGUGUAAGUGUAUCAACUUUGUAAUGCAGAACAUACAACAGAGUUAGUUACACCUGUCAUGCCAGACAGCCACGCAGUCCUCAUUUCAUGUGUGUUUUCCCUUACAAGCCACGCAUGACAGGUUUUCGCUGUCAUGUAGAGCAAACUUGUGAUGCUGUCAGCCAAGGAAAGUAUAAGUAACACUAACACAGUUUUUUUUCUUGGACAAGGUGUGCGUUUCCUACACGCACGAUAGAGAUUACGGAAGAUUCAAAACCUACCCCGUUGGUCAGGAACACCAACGACGGAAAAAAAAAUGGUGCCCACAGAAAAGAGUAUCAACUGUAAAAAUGUCUGGGUCUGGAAGAAUUCAUGUUUGUCAUGCUUGUCUGGCAUGA